AUGCUCUCGUGCUCAAGCGGCGACCGUCGACUCAGUUGAGACGUACUACUCGCGACGUGAACACGCUUUUACACAGAAGCAUCACCUGCUGCUAGCGAGAACACUUUUCAUACACCAUUUUUUAACGUUCAUUCGCAUUCUGCUUUUUCAACGAUCGAAAUAUUUCGGGAAAUAAGAUUGGGAAGAAGGGAAACGAAGGAGGCUGAUUUGAUCGAAUCCUUUUCGGGACUCGAGGAACUUGGAUCAACCGGGGGUCGAAGGGACUCGGAAUUUUUCUCGUCACCUGCACCGGAGAUCAAAGUCGAUUCGAGCAAGGAGUGCUUUAUCAAUGUUCAGAAUAAAAAAAGCAAAAGAUGUUGAGCUAUUAUUCGUAGCUAAAUAAAAAAUCGCAAUUUAAAUAAAUCGCAUUAUUGGAGAAAUAAUAAACGAACUUUUGAUCGAUUAUCCGCGAUAAAAUGGCUUUGAUUAAAGUCACGGUGAGUCUUUUGGUCGCUGCGGUACUGACGAGCACGUGGGCUCGGUCAACAGGACACCGAGGAGACGCGAGGAUCGAGGAAAACGCGGAGCAGCGUGACAACCGGAUCGAACUAUUUCCGAACGACAAUAAAAGCCACGAGAUUCAUGAGUCGAGUUACAGCGACGAAGAAAAAUCGUACGAGGAGGCUCUCAUGAAAAAAUAUGCGAAGACCGAGGCCGAAAAGUUUCUACGUAAGAGUGCAAGGAUCGGUGGCAAACGAAGGAGAAGUCUUCACGACAACGAGGACAAAGCGGGAGUCCCAUUCAGUUCUCGCAGGCUCGAGAAAAUGUUGGAAAAAGCAUUAUUGAAAAUAAUAACCGGUGAUUUGAAUACUUCUGACAUGAUACUGUUGAAGAGUCUCAAUUACAGUCUCGAAGAAGUUUUGUCUAUUCGGGAACGCGAGUUGAACAAGCAGGCUCAUUUCCCACUGUCGAUGGACAACGAUUUGAGAGAGGAACAAUCAUUGACCGAUGCUCCUCGAUCUAAUCAGAUAGAGAAUGACGGUGAAAAAAUAUCGAAGAAAAAGGUGAAGACUACGACGGCGAUGGCGUCGAGUUCUUUGAGUGAGAAAACAACUUCCAACGGAGAUUUCGACUUCGACGCUUACAAUCGACAGGCGAUUUACGACUACGAAAAUGCCGCUAAUAAAAUGUCAUCCCGAGCGUCAGACGUGGACGAAACAGAGCCGAGUGUCGACUAUGAAAAUCGGUCUAACGAAAAUGUCGAAAUUUCCAAUGGCGACGACGUCGUGCACACGAACUUCGAUCGCGCCAUGGAGCCCCACGUCAUAUUCAAAAUACGCUACGAUGAUUCGGACAUUGACUCGAGCUCGAACGAACGAGCCAAAUUACUCUCCCGAGAGAGAAUCCACCGGAUAUUACCAAAAAGUUAUCGCGAUAAUGGCCCAAACAACCAGGAAUUGCAUAACGAAACUGCGAAGUCGAUCCCAUCGACAAAUGAAUUUUCAACUUCUUCCGACCUCAACACAACGCCAUCGAACGCCGACAAAAAGACAUUUCAGGCUUCAAUUGACGAUGUGCUUUCUUCACUUGCUGUUACUCAUCGACUAAACAAUUUCAUAACACCUUUCGACGAUCUGGAUACCGCGAAAAGCCCCAUGAAACCCAUGAGACCCGAAGGGAGACCCAUCACGAUGGGAUACAACAAUAAUUUGUCGACCGCACGAGCUUCCGGUUCUUCGACUUCACAACCGGAAACUCUGAGGGAAAAAAAUGGCACCACUCAUGAGACAAUGAAUAAUCAUACUUCGGACAAUUGGAGAAGAAAAAGCAUCUACGAAGGCCUCGAAUGGGUCGAGGACGACGUCUACAGAGUCAUACCCGAAGCCAUGGAUUCCCUCAAUUAUUACGACGCCAGUGCCAACGAAAUGGAAAACGACACGACUGAGAAUUCGAGGAUCAAUGGAACACGAUCGCUUGAGAUCGAAAGGCGAAACGAUGACGUAGAGAACAACGCUAACGACACGAUUGACUAUCAAAACGAGAAUCCUCAGGAAGAUAUUCAAGCCCAGACCGAAAGUGACUUUUCAACCGUGAGAAAUUCUCUCAACCUCAAUCUUUCUGCUUAUCAACAAUUGGCACUCGCUCAUCACAGAGAGGGCAAUUUUACCUCGCCAUUCGAUAGUCAGAGUCAGAAAGCUAUCGAGGACAUCAAACUCAAAGUCCUUGCGAUGACCGGACGGUUCAAUUUGACCUCGAACGGCAACCAGGUUCAGCGCGAGAGAUUAACGAUGUUCCCACCGAUUUGUCAGUUACCGAGAAACACUGACGCCGAAGCGUGGUCGGACCCUUUCUCGAUGAACAUGAACUUCCAACUAAAUCUCACAUCGAGCGACCAUGUCGUUGCAGCCAAAGUGAGGAUCUACGUUUUGCCUCAAAUCAACAUGACCACGUCGACCAGUGGAAGUGACGAAGACGAUGCAGAGGAGAAAAAGAUCAGGAUAUCGAUUUACUUCUACACAAAGUCACUGAAAAAGCAUCGAUCAAAAAAACGGUUGAUCGAUUCCGUAGUGAUUGCACUGUCAUCGCAAGGCAGUCAUUGGGCGCUGGACGUCAGACAGGCGCUUCGUUUUUGGCGACAAAAUCUCCGGAAUACUCACAACCUUAACAACAAUCACGGCCUGGUCAUCCAGGUUGAGGACCAGGACGGAAAAGCACUGAGACCUUCGCAAUACAUACACCAGGACUCGUGUCACACGAGUGAACUUGACGAGGAUGAGAAGGCAUACCAACGAGUCCCUGCACUCUUCUUUCAAGCCUGUUCUCGUUAUGUUCGUGUCGUGAACGGGGACCCGGUGACGUACGUAAAUUGCAGUAAAUCUUCGCGGAAGGGAAGACAUUGAUGAAGAUUAUUGAAACGCAAAGAAAACGGAGAAAAUCGCUGAGAGAGUACACGAAAAAUUUCGAAAUUCUCGACAUGCAGAUUCACCGUGAAAUGCCAUUGAUUUAACUCGAGAAUCCAUUAUUCAAAGAGAAAACCCGCCUGCACAGACUGUUUUUAAGUUAAUUCAAUAUUAAUCGAGAUAGAGGAUACGAAUAUUAUUAUUUUAUUUAUAAUAACGUAGGAUUUUAGGGGUAGGAAGUGUUUAGUGAGCGCUACAUUGGUGCCUUUUCAUCUACGAGUGCUCGCCGUUUGUACAGUGGUAAAUACCACUAAAAUAUUAUCCGAACUUUCCUAUUUUGUUUUCUCUCAAAGAUUGUAAAUAUGAGCCAAUAACAUCCAGCUUUAUUGUUUCGUUCGCAUUGGUCAUUUUCAUAGUGUCAUUACUAUUGCUGUUUUUAUUAUUUUGCGUAAAAAUUUAUCAUCGCCCAUUAGUCCCAACGACUGAAAUAGCCCAAAGUUAACACGAAUGGUUGGCUACAUUCAUCAUUUAAUUACUUUUUCAUUAGUAUUACCGGCAAGACGUUUACACGUCGGUUAAUAUAUUUAAUUGUAUUUAUAAGACCAAACAUUUCGUAAAAUUAAGUACCUUCUCAUUCUCAUUCAACGAGAGACGAGGGUUUAGUUUCGUAGGUUUUCACUAUUAAGGUAUCUCUGUUGCCUCGUUUGUCGCGUCGAGACUGAGAAUCGUGUACAUAAUGUAUAUUUAUCAUCAUGUCGCGUAGUACAUAUACAUAAAUUUUAUUUUCUUCCAAAAAAUAAAUCUAUAAAUAUA